AUGAAUCAGCCCGAUACCAAACAAGUCUCUUCUAAAACAAAUACGCCUAUUCCUUGUAAAAUAUUGCCACACUCAGCAUUUACGACAUCACUACGCGGCCGUCCUGUUGUGUUCAGUGCUCAGCAUGUUGAUGACCUCAGUAGAAAACUUCCAACUGGCAAAACUGAACGUAGACACUUGCGAGUUGAUGAAGGCAGUCUACAAAUGACUAAUGAUCCAAACAGUGUAUUUUAUCGGCUUUUAAGUGAACAAUUACAAAACACAACUUCAACUGAUACUCGUUCAACAUAUGAAAAGGAAAAAUUGAAACCAUUUGAACAAUAUGGUCCAGAACUUGUUGAAUUUCUUAAAGACAGAGAAGGUAAUCUGAAAUCAAAAUACGACAAAGUUUUUAUCACUUAA